GGGGUCGUCCAGCAGAUUUCAAGUUCCUCCAGCGACCUCAGGAUCUUCUGAUAAAUCCCCCCUAACCCCCCCCGUCUGCGUCAAGCAAUCAUGGCUCCCAGUUUUGAUACCUUGUCCGAGCAGGACCUCCACGAAGAGGAGGAGGAGGAGAUUGAUUUCUCCGAUCUCAAGGAGCAGUACGAGGUUAAGCUCGAAGAAGGAUUAGAUACAUUCGUCGUUAUCGAUGGACUCCCGAUUGUGCCCGAAGAAAACAGACAAAAGCUCAUUAAAUUCUUGUUGAAGAAACUCAACGCGGUCGGUCACGCCUCCGAAGAUGCCGUUUUUAUGCCCAUCAACGAGAAGAAUAUGUCUGAAGGUUUUGCCUUCGUCGAGUAUGAGACACCCGAACAAGCCCUCGCCGCUGUUAAGCAGCUUCACGGAACCCCCCUGGAUAAGAAACACACCCUUGCCGUAAACAAGUUGAUGGAUAUCGACCGCUACGGCCGCGAAGGACGCAUCGAUGAGGAAUACAAGCCCCCAACUAUCGAACCAUUCACAGAGAAGGAGCACCUCCGCUCCUGGAUUGGAGACGCCAACGCUCGUGACCAGUUCGCCCUUUACCGUGGUGACAAGGUCGGAGUCUUCUGGAACAACAAGAACAACCCGCCGGAGAACGUUGUGGAUCGUGCCCACUGGACACAGCUUUUCGUUCAGUGGUCUCCCAAGGGUACCUAUCUCGCAUCUGUCCAUCCCCAGGGUGUGCAGCUGUGGGGUGGCCCAGCUUUCUCUAAGCAGAAGCAGUUCCCCCAUCCAUUUGUCCAGUUGAUCGAAUUUUCGCCAGGCGAGAGCUACCUGACCACCUGGUCCGCCCGCCCCAUCCAGGUUGAGGAGGGAGGUCCAUCCGUUCUCUCCUACGAAGAAGAUGGAAAGAACCUGAUCAUCUGGGAUAUCGUUUCUGGAAAGCCCCUGCGUUCUUUUGUUUCCCACGAUCUUGCUGGCCCCGGUGGCGAGGGUGCUGAGCCCAAGAAGAAGGUCCAGUGGCCCGCCUUCAAGUGGUCUGCCGAUGAAAAGUACGUCGCGAGAAUGCUCCAGCACCAGUCGAUCUCCAUCUACGAACUGCCCCGCAUGAACUUGCUCGGAAAGACAUCCGUCAAGGUUGAAGGAGUUAUGGAUUUCGAAUGGUCCCCCGCUACAGUUAACCGUGAAGGUGUCAAGCAGUACGAGCAACUGCUCUGCUUCUGGACUCCUGAAAUUGGCAGCAAUCCCGCCCGUGUGGCCCUGAUGAGCGUUCCUUCCAAGGAGAUUGUCCGAACCCGUAACCUCUUCAAUGUCUCAGAUGUCAAGCUGCACUGGCAAUCCCAGGGUACCUACGUUUGCGUGAAGGUCGAUCGUCACUCCAAGUCCAAGAAGUCGAUGGCCACCAACCUCGAAAUUUUCCGAAUCCGCGAGAAGGGCGUCCCAGUUGAAGUUGUUGACAGUCUCAAGGAUACAGUGAUCAACUUUGCAUGGGAACCCAAUGGUGGACGUUUCGUCCUGAUCACAACCGGUGAUGCACCAUCCGGAGCCGGUGCUCCCCCCAAGACCGCUGUAUCAUUCUUUGCUCCCGAGAAGAAGGGUGUUUCGGCCGGCAACUUCAAGCUUGUGCGCACAAUUGAAAAGAAGACCAGCAACGCCAUCUACUGGUCUCCUAAGGGCCGUUUCGUCGUCGUCGCAACCGUCCACUCCCAAUCCAGCUUCGACCUGGACUUCUGGGAUAUGGAUUUCGAGGGUGAGAAGACCGAGGGCGAGAAGGAUUUGGCUGCCAACCUUCAGUUGAUGAAGACUGUUGAGCACUACGGUGUUACAGACAUCGACUGGGAUCCCACCGGUCGUUACAUCGUCAGCAGUGCUAGUGUGUGGACUCACUCCAUGGAGAACGGCUGGAACAUUCACACCUUCGCCGGACAAACGCUCUCGGAGAACCCCACAGAUAAGUUCAAGCAGUUCAUCUGGCGCCCCCGCCCACCCACUCUUCUCAGCAAGGAGGAGCAGAAGCAAGUGCGCAAGAAUCUCCGAGAAUACUCCAAGGAGUUCGACGAAGAAGACAAGUACGCUGUCGACAUCGCCAAUACCGCUGUCGUCGAGAAGCGCAAGCGUGUGCUCAGCGAGUGGGUUGCCUGGAUCCGCCGGGAGAAGGAGUUCCUUGCCGAAGACAAGGAGGCCUACGGUCUUCCCGAGGAUGUCGACGAUGCCAAACUCGCCAAGGAUGCACCAGCAGUCACAUCAGAGCAGGGAGAGACGGUUGUCGAGGAGCUUGUGGAAGAGAUUGUCGAGGAAAGCGAGGAAAUCAUCGGUUGAUUUAUUUAACGUUUUUCCUUUCUCAUUUCGUUAUUAAUCCCCCUUUUUUUUUCCCCCAUAUAUUUUAUCUUGUCCGUCGAUAACCUCGCCCUUUUCCCUCCUCUGCAACCGCCACUUUCCCCUUCUUGUGUGUGCCUCUUCUAGUGAUCCGUUUGGCUUGGUCCCAGCUUGGAGAGGGGUGUCUGGAAUCGUUCAAAAGUGAAUAGAGAUCUGUAUUUGCAUCAUUUUUUUCUUCCCGGGUGUGGGAUUUUUUUUAACGUGCGUGAUGUGACGUUGGUAGCAUGAGUGAUGACAGGCAAUGAUGAGCGGCAGAUACAGCGCAUCAGUCAAUGUAGUUUUCUACUUUCACUGAUUAGAUUACGCACUUGAAUGAAAAGCAUCACCUCCCGUUAAGGGUAUUAGGAUCUCUUACAGAGGAAACUGUACUCUAUAUA